UUCCUUUUCGUUGACAGCUCUUUCUCGUCGCAAGAGUCAAUUUUCUAGGUAAAGUGUAAAUUCCGAUUUUUACGUUGAAAUACGCGCCCAACCCGAUCCUGCGAUGGCUCCCCGCAAGAACAAAACCGUAAAGGAAGAGGUGCAGGUUUCGCUGGGACCGCAGGUCCGCGAGGGCGAGAUCGUGUUCGGAGUGGCCCACAUCUACGCCAGCUUCAACGACACCUUCGUCCACGUCACGGACCUUUCGGGCAAGGAAACCAUCUCGCGCGUCACCGGCGGCAUGAAGGUCAAGGCCGAUCGUGACGAGGCCUCGCCGUACGCCGCUAUGUUGGCCGCUCAGGACGUCGCCGAAAAGUGCAAGUCGCUGGGAAUCACCGCGCUGCACAUCAAGCUGCGUGCCACCGGCGGAAACCGCACCAAGACCCCGGGACCGGGUGCCCAGUCGGCGCUCCGCGCCCUGGCCCGUUCGUCGAUGAAGAUUGGCCGCAUCGAGGACGUGACGCCGAUCCCGUCCGAUUCGACCCGCCGAAAGGGAGGUCGCCGCGGUCGUCGUCUGUAGAGAGAGGGAGUGCUGGUAUUUUUGUGGUGGCUUUUUUUGUGGCGCGCUGUGCGAGUUUCCCCAAUUCCACACUCAGAAAUGUAAUUAAUGAGGAAUAAAAUCGGAUGAAAAAGUUAAACCAACCCAGCUCAAGUGUGA